GGAUCUCAGUCAGUGGCUGCGCGCGGGGUUCUGAACAUGUGAGCGUCAAAGUGCGGCGCUAAAAUGUCGGCCUUCUCCACGCGACUGCUUUAAAAACAAACUCUUCCACAAUGUAACAGUCAGCAGGGAUUUAUCAGCAUGCAUUUAUAGAAAUCAGCCGUAAAGGCAUUUUCUGCUAGUUCCUGAGUUACCAAAGAAACUAUUACGGGAUGUUUAAUUUUUUCAAGAAAUUCAAACCAGUAUCCGAUGCAGAUGGAGACGGGAAGGCAGCCAAAGAAAAAACAGCUUCAUCGCUUGCGACUCCGGCGAGAAGGCGAGAUGACAAAGCGAAGGAUAAAAGCAGCAGCCAGGAAAGAGAAGUGGGGGUUAGCUCUUUCGACACUAAGAAGACUGAUUUAGCGGCGAGUGUAGGAGCAAAAAAGAAAGAUUCAGAAUGGAAAUUUGGCGAGGCAAAAGAGCCAGUGUCCAUCCAGCAGUACUGCAAGAAGACAGGACCAGUGACAUUCAAGGCUGAUGAGACCCGUAAAGAGAAACCGCAUCUUCAGAAUACAUCUAGGGCAAGUGUCAUGGGCAAUACGACAGCGACAAUGACCUCGCUUGAUGAGGGGGGAGAAAUUGGCAAGAGCAGAGACUUGGCAAAGUGUCCGGCCACCUACACGAACACAGAGCACAAAGAGAAGCACCAGUAUGAAGCCGCGGAGGCAGCAGCAACCGCUGACCGGAGAAAUUUACUUAUGUCACGGGCAACCCCAGCCGACCUCACCAUGGUCAUCAAGACGCAGGUAGAGGAGCAGCUUACUGAAGAGAACGAAUUGACGCAAAAGAUGCCUGAAUCUGAACCCUCACCCGGGCCGGACGAGAACUUCACAACGUCAGAGAAGCAGAUGGAACGGCUGGAACACGAAAAGAGGAAUCUUGUGAGUCAGGAGGCCCGGUUUCAAGAACAGUUGGCGGAACUCACGGCGCAAUUGACCGCAAGAGACAACGAGUCCAACAAAUUGAGGUACCAGAUGGAGGAUCUUCAGAGAGACGUCCUCAUAAAGAGCUGUGGCAUGGACCGAUUGCAGGCAGAGUUAGCAGCAGCACACAAGGAAUCAGAAUGUGUGCGGCGGAGAAUGCGACAGCUGGAGGAGGACCUGGGAACUUUCAAGGAGAAGAACAGAGAGCUUGAGGAUGAGCUACAGAAGAAGGCAGAGGAGAUGCAUUCUUCUUCCAACAACAGUGGCAGUGACAGUGAUAAUGAUAGUGACAGUGAAAGAGUGGCAGAACUGGAGUCCAAAGUGAAUGAGAUGGAGGAGAAAGUGCAGCAGCUCCAGUCACAACUGGAAGAGGUGCGCAGUGAGAGGGACAAGUUGGAGCAGACGAGGGUGGAGAUGGAGGCAGAUCGAGAAGAGGAAAUAAAGAUUAUAGAGAGGGCAUUGGAGGAAGCAUUAGAAGAAAAAGCCCUCAUCCUGGCACGCUUUGAGCAGGAUUUUGAAAAGUUGCGUACAGUGAAUACAGACAGGGAGCAGCAACUGCUGGAUGACUUUGAGUGGAAACUACGGGAGGUAGAGCAAGCCUGCAAGCGACGAUUAGAGGAGAAAGACAAGGCAGCAGAGGAACGUCUGAAGGAGGGUAAAAAGGAACUGGAGUUGAAGUUGAAACUGGCAGAACAACAACUGCAGGAGUUGCCACAGUUGAAGACUUAUGAGGCUGAGGUGAUACAGCUGCGGGGUCUGACCAUUGAGCAGCAGAGGUCACUACGAGUUACUACUCGGCAGACAGAGCAGCUACAGGUCAGUGAACGGUUGCUAAAGGAAGAGGUGACUCGACUUCGAGGACAGCUUGACAAGGAGAAGAGCCAUGGAAUAUGCAUGCAGAGCUUACAUGAGAAGAAGAUGGCUGAUAAUGAAAAGAAAUUUGAAAUCCGUCUUGAUCAACAGAAAAGUGAAAUCACCGCUCAGUGGGAAGACAGACUGAGACAGGAAUGUUCUAGAUUAAAGUCAGAACUGGAUCAACUUCAUAGUGAAGAGAAACAUCUGGCUGUGGAGUCUGUCAAAGUUCAAAAGGAGCAAGAGAUGCGCACAGCUAAACAGAAUUGGGAACGAAGACUGCAAGAAUGCCUUAAGGAGAUAUCUACACUGAAGGAUCGCUUAACAGAGAAAGAUACAUACUAUCAUGGAGAACUAGAGAAGGCACAAACAAAUGCAGAUCGAGACAUCUUUGAUCUUCGCCGGAAACUUGAUAAGCUUGAUUUGUCAUACCAAGAUCAACUGGAGAAACUAACAGAAAAAUAUGAAAAAGAAAUAGAACAACUAAACUGGGAGUCUGAGAGGAAAAUCCAGCAGUUAGAGCAGAACUGGCAGUUGCAGAUGAGUUCCACAAGAGCAACAUUGGAACUGGUGAAGGAGCAGAUGGAGCGAGAUGCUCAGGAUCACUUGGAUGCUGCAGAGGAGAAGCAUCGUAAACAGCUAGGUGCACACAAGUACAGUUCAUUAGAGUGCAACCUACCCCUCAGCCUGCUGCAUUGGGAGACAUCUGCAGCAGAUAUCCAGUGGGAGAGACUAAUGAACGAGAAGGAGAAGGCUGUAGCAGAUCUCGAGGAGAAACACCAGACCCAGGUGGAACUAAUCAAGGCAGAGCUUGAGAAGACAACCAAGAAUAGCAUCUCCAGGGAAAAUGAGCAGCUGCUGGAGGUGAUCGCGAACCUCAAGAAACAAUUGCAGGGUCAGACAGCAGUGAUCAGCGAUCUUCAGGGGAAUGUGGACCUUCUCCAGGGAGGAAUGCAGGUCCUCAACCAGGAGAUAAGCACCCAGAAUGUGGAGCUGCAGCGUAUCCAAACCCAGACAACCCACAAACUGAGAGAGCGUGAGGCUCAGCUUGAAGUGGAGCAACAAAGGAAAGUGGCUGAGCUGAAAGAUCAGUUUGCUGCUGAAUCUAAACAAUGGCAGGAGCAGAUGAAAGCCUUGAAGGAUCAAAGUCAGCAGAAGCUUAACUAUUUAGCAAAACUUGUUCAAGAAUCAGAGGAGAAGUACAAGAACAGGGAAUCUCACAAAGAAGACACCGACCUGAUUGCACACUUGAAGCAGGCAUUAGAAGAACGGGAGCAUGAAAUCGCAUGUCUCACAGAAGAGAAGCGAUUCUACCAACUUGAACUAAUGAACCAUGAGUCAACAUACAAUCACCUGUUUAGUGUACAGCCAAUCACAGGGGUGAUGGACCCAUUGCAUCAUCAUCGUAAGAAAGGUUUGAAGAGUCCAAGCAGGCAACAUCAGUUACAUCCACCAAAAGCUCAAAGGUGGCAAGUGACAGCCUCCUCUGUUCCUGCCCUUUGUACCCACUCAAACACAAGUCAUAGGAAGGAUUUUAUAGUUCAAAAGUCAAAGUCUCUAGAACCCAGCAUGAUCCAUAUAAAACAAGACCUGCAUGGUAAAGUUGCAGAAACCUCCAAGCCUGUUUGUAAAGAUAAGUCUCAUCAAGUAAUGUCUCCUUUAGAUCACGUAUCUAAUCUAGUCAGUACCACUGAAAACUCUACUGUAGAGACUUGUGGGUUACAGUCCAUAGAAACAACAUCUAACUUCAAUUCUGUUCCAGAUCAAAUUGUCUGUUCUGGAACUAGCGAGUCACUCAAAAGUGACAAACUGAGAUCUGUUCAGGGUAAUUCAGACCAGAUCAUGGCAGACCUAAGUUCUAUAACAAAUUGUGAGAGUGCAGUAAGCCAGGACUGUCCACUAACAUUCAAUGCAGUAGAUGUCCCAGAUUCGAGAAUGUCAAUAUUGCUGCAAAGCCAUAAAAGUGCUGAAAGAAGUAAAAUUAGUAAUUCUGAAAUUAGGUCAAAGUCUGUAGAGACAGCAGCAAAUGAAGUUCGUUCCAUAAUUAUAGGCAGUGUAUCUACCCCAACGCUGCAGUAAAAACACAAUGAAAUAAUUCAUAAAGGUAUUGUGCAUGCAAUGCACUUAUACCAGCCUGAACUGAGAUAAAUUACCAUGUCCAGGUGAUCCAAGUUACCACAACUUAGUCAUACCUAGUACUUGUCUUCAGCAUUACUCAGCUUUUACCUCAAGUUGCAGUUAGCUGAAAAGAAAUACAAGAGCCAAGUUGGAGAAAAGUCAGAGACUCUAGUCAGUGUAACUAAAAAGGAACAGGCAGCUUUUGCCAUUCUUUCAAUGAAAUGCAUUCACAUGAAGACUUAAAGACAUAAAGUUUACUCUGUGAUGGUGUGUCAAGCCACUGAACAUUUCUUUACAUAUAUACAUUAAUCAUGUCUCCACACUUCAUAGUGCCUUAUGUCUGAAUUUUAAACAUGCAAUCAAUCAGGGAAUGCAGAGCUGUCCCUGAUGGGCAUAAAAAAUUGAUCUAGUGCAGUAGGUAAUGUACAACACAGGUUAAUAUGAGAUGUUUUAGAAAAUAAUUUGACGACAGGUAUUCUGAGCUGCCAUCUGUCUAAAUUGUAUACAUAUCGAAUUGUGUAGCACUUCAAUUUGUACAUCCUCUUUCCCAAAAAUUAGAAAUAAAUGCUGUACAUUU